AAUUCUUUUUCAGUCUUGUGUCUCUCAUAAGAGGCCAAGUGGUGACUACAGAUGGGACUCCUCUAGUUGGGGUCAACGUGUCGUUUGUCAAGUAUCCAAAGUACGGCUACACCAUCACUCGUCAGGAUGGCACGUUUGACUUGGUUGCAAAUGGUGGAGCAUCCCUGACGCUGCACUUUGAACGGGCCCCAUUUAUGAGCCAGGAAAGGACAGUGUGGCUGCCAUGGAACAGCUUCUAUGCCAUGGACACACUGGUGAUGAAGACAGAGGAGAACUCCAUUCCCAGCUGUGAUCUCAGUGGGUUUGUCCGUCCUGACCCAGUCAUCAUUUCAUCACCACUUUCAACUUUCUUUAGUGACGCUCCCAGCCGCAAUCCCAUUGUGCCAGAAACCCAGGUUCUUCAUGAAGAAAUUGAGAUCCCUGGCUCUAGUAUAAAGCUCAGCUACCUGAGUUCCCGCACUGCUGGAUACAAAUCCUUACUGAAGAUCAUCAUGACUCAGACACUUGUGCCACUGAAUCUGAUCAAAGUCCAUUUGAUGGUAGCAGUAGAAGGGCAUUUGUUCCAAAAAUCAUUUCAGGCAUCUCCCAACUUGGCAUAUACAUUUAUCUGGGACAAAACAGAUGCCUAUGGUCAGAAGGUUUAUGGGUUGUCAGAUGCUGUAGUGUCUGUGGGUUUUGAAUAUGAGACUUGCCCCAGUCUCAUUUUAUGGGAGAAGAGGACAGCACUGCUGCAAGGAUUUGAACUGGAUCCUUCAAACUUAGGAGGAUGGUCUCUGGAUAAACAUCAUGUACUUAAUGUCAAGAGUGGUAUAUUGCACAAAGGCAACGGAGAAAAUCAGUUUCUCACUCAGCAGCCGGCUGUGAUAACCAGCAUUAUGGGGAACGGGCGCCGCAGAAGCAUAUCCUGUCCGAGCUGCAAUGGCCUGGCAGAAGGAAAUAAGCUCUUGGCCCCUGUAGCACUGGCAGUGGGUAUUGAUGGAAGUCUCUUUGUUGGGGAUUUUAACUAUAUUCGGCGUAUCUUCCCCUCCAGGAAUGUCACGAGCAUACUGGAGCUGAGCAACAAUCCUGCUCAUAAAUACUAUCUGGCCGUGGACCCUGUUUCAGGCUCCCUCUACGUGUCGGACACCAAUAGCCGACGGAUAUACAAAGUCAAGUCCCUCACGGGCACGAAGGACCUUGCUGGUAACUCUGAAGUGGUGGCAGGAACAGGAGAGCAGUGCCUGCCCUUUGACGAAGCCAGAUGUGGGGAUGGAGGGAAGGCAGUGGAUGCAACCCUAAUGAGCCCUCGAGGAAUUGCAGUGGAUAAGUAUGGACUCAUGUAUUUUGUUGAUGCCACUAUGAUUAGAAAAGUGGAUCAGAACGGAAUUAUAUCAACCCUGCUGGGUUCCAAUGACCUAACUGCUGUUCGACCUCUCAGCUGUGAUUCCAGCAUGGAUGUCACCCAGGUACGGCUGGAGUGGCCUACUGAUCUCGCUGUCAAUCCCAUGGACAACUCCCUUUAUGUCCUAGAGAACAAUGUUAUUUUACGGAUCACAGAAAACCAUCAAGUUAGCAUUAUUGCUGGACGCCCCAUGCACUGCCAGGUUCCUGGUAUAGACUACUCUCUUAGCAAACUGGCUAUUCAUUCUGCACUUGAAUCAGCCAGUGCCAUUGCCAUCUCACACACAGGAGUUCUUUACAUCAGUGAGACAGAUGAAAAAAAAAUUAAUCGGCUACGCCAGGUAACUACCAAUGGAGAAAUAUGCCUUCUUGCAGGGGCAGCUUCAGACUGUGAUUGCAAAAAUGAUGUCAACUGUAAUUGCUAUGCUGGGGAUGAUGGGUAUGCCACUGAUGCCAUCUUAAAUUCACCAUCUUCCUUAGCUGUGGCCCCAGAUGGUACCAUCUACAUAGCUGAUCUCGGAAAUAUCCGCAUUAGGGCUGUCAGUAAAAACAGGCCCAUUCUUAAUUCCUUUAACCAAUAUGAAGCUGCAUCUCCAGGAGAACAGGAGCUGUAUGUCUUCAAUGCUGAUGGGAUUCACCAGUACACUCUGAGCCUCGUUACCGGGGAAUACUUGUACAAUUUCACCUAUAGCAGCGAUAACGAUGUCACGGAGGUGAUGGACAACAAUGGCAACUCCCUGAAGGUGCGCCGGGAUGCCAGUGGGAUGCCCCGCCAUUUACUGAUGCCGGAUAAUCAGAUUGUCACGCUGGCUGUUGGCACUAAUGGUGGACUCAAGCUGGUCUCAACACAGACCCUGGAGCUCGGAUUAAUGACAUAUAAUGGAAACAGUGGUCUCUUAGCAACGAAGAGUGAUGAAACAGGAUGGACAACAUUUUAUGACUAUGAUCAUGAAGGGCGUCUGACCAAUGUAACACGUCCCACUGGAGUGGUAACUAGCCUUCAUCGAGAAAUGGAAAAGUCUAUUACCAUCGACAUUGAGAAUUCUAAUCGGGAUGACGAUGUCACGGUCAUCACAAAUCUCUCCUCUGUGGAGGCUUCCUAUACAGUUGUUCAAGAUCAAGUGAGGAACAGCUACCAGCUCUGUAAUAAUGGUACUUUGAGAGUGAUGUAUGCCAAUGGCAUGAGCAUUAGCUUUCACAGCGAACCUCAUGUCCUGGCUGGGACUGUGACUCCCACCAUAGGACGAUGUAAUAUUUCUCUACCCAUGGAAAAUGGUUUAAACUCAAUUGAAUGGCGCCUGAGGAAGGAGCAGAUUAAAGGCAAAGUGACGGUGUUUGGAAGAAAGCUCAGGGUGCACGGCAGGAACUUGCUGUCCAUCGACUACGACCGCAACAUCCGCACCGAGAAGAUCUACGACGACCACCGCAAAUUCACGCUGCGCAUCAUCUACGACCAGCUGGGCCGGCCCUUCCUGUGGCUGCCCAGCAGUGGCCUGGCUGCUGUCAACGUGUCCUAUUUCCUCAACGGGCGCCUGGCCGGGCUGCAGCGCGGGGCCAUGAGCGAGAGGACGGACAUCGACAAGCAGGGCAGGAUCGUGUCGCGCAUGUUCGCCGACGGCAAAGUGUGGAGCUACACCUACCUGGAAAACUCGAUGGUGCUGCUGCUGCAGAGUCAGCGUCAGUACAUCUUCGAGUACGACUCCUCGGACCGCCUGCAUGCCGUCACCAUGCCCAGCGUGGCUCGGCACAGCAUGUCCACUCACACCUCUGUGGGCUACAUCAGGAACAUCUACAACCCCCCCGAGAGCAACGCCUCCGUCAUCUUUGAUUACAGCGACGAUGGGAGGAUUCUGAAAACGUCGUUUUUAGGUACCGGCCGACAAGUCUUCUACAAGUACGGGAAGCUCUCCAAGCUGUCUGAAAUUGUUUAUGACAGCACUGCUGUUACUUUUGGAUAUGACGAAACUACAGGUGUCCUAAAAAUGGUGAAUUUGCAAAGUGGAGGAUUUUCUUGUACGAUUCGCUAUCGGAAAAUUGGUCCUCUUGUUGACAAACAAAUCUACAGGUUCUCUGAAGAAGGAAUGGUCAAUGCAAGGUUUGAUUAUACAUAUCAUGACAACAGCUUCCGAAUCGCAAGCAUCAAACCCAUCAUAAGUGAGACGCCUCUUCCAGUUGACCUUUACCGUUACGAUGAGAUUUCUGGCAAAGUGGAGCAUUUUGGCAAAUUUGGAGUUAUUUAUUAUGAUAUAAACCAAAUUAUCACCACGGCAGUUAUGACGCUGAGCAAGCACUUUGACACCCACGGGCGCAUUAAGGAAGUGCAGUACGAAAUGUUUCGGUCCCUGAUGUACUGGAUGACCGUGCAGUACGACAGCAUGGGAAGGGUGACCAAAAGAGAGCUCAAACUGGGUCCCUACGCCAACACGACCAAGUACACCUAUGACUACGACGGAGAUGGGCAACUGCAGAGCGUGGCAGUCAAUGACAGGCCCACCUGGCGCUACAGCUACGACCUGAACGGGAACCUCCACCUGCUGAAUCCUGGAAACAGCGUCCGACUGAUGCCGCUGCGCUACGACCUCAGGGACAGGAUCACACGCCUGGGUGACAUCCCGUACAAGAUCGAUGACGACGGGUUCCUGUGGCAGCGGGGUGCAGACGUGUUUGAGUACAACUCCAAAGGGCUCCUGACAAGAGCUUACAACAAAGCAAAUGGCUGGAGUGUUCAGUACCGCUACGACGGGCUGGGCCGAAGGGCUUCCUGCAAGACCAACCUGGGGCAUCAUCUACAGUACUUUUAUGCUGAUCUUCACAAUCCAACAAGGGUAACUCACGUCUACAAUCAUUCCAACUCCGAAAUUACCUCUUUGUACUACGAUCUGCAAGGCCACCUCUUUGCAAUGGAGAGCAGCAGUGGGGAAGAGUAUUACGUGGCCUCUGAUAACACAGGCACUCCAUUAGCCGUGUUCAGCAUCAAUGGCCUCAUGAUCAAACAGCUCCAGUACACGGCCUAUGGGGAGAUCUAUUAUGACUCUAAUCCAGAUUUCCAGCUGGUCAUUGGGUUCCAUGGAGGCCUGUAUGAUCCUUUAACCAAACUCGUGCAUUUUACCCAAAGGGACUACGAUGUCCUGGCUGGGCGCUGGACAUCUCCUGAUUACACCAUGUGGAAAAAUAUUGGCAAAGAACCCGCUCCUUUCAAUCUGUACAUGUUCAAGAGUAACAACCCUCUCAGCAAUGAACUAGAUCUAAAGAAUUAUGUAACAGAUGUCAAGAGCUGGUUGGUGAUGUUUGGAUUUCAGCUUAGCAACAUCAUUCCUGGUUUCCCUAGAGCAAAAAUGUACUUUGUGUCACCACCAUACGAGCUGUCUGAGAGUCAAGCGUGUGAAAAUGGACAGCUAAUUACAGGAGUGCAGCAGACGACAGAACGACACAACCAGGCUUUCAUGGCUCUGGAGGGACAGGUCAUAUCUAAAAGAUUACAUGCCAAAAUUAGAGAAAAAGCAGGCCACUGGUUUGCCACAAGCACUCCCAUCGUGGGGAAAGGAAUCAUGUUUGCCGUGAAGGAAGGCCGUGUAACCACCGGUGUUUCCAGCAUAGCCACAGACGACAGCAGGAAAAUUGCCUCCGUCCUGAACGGCGCUCACUACCUGGAGAAAAUGCACUACAGCAUCGAGGGCAGGGACACACACUACUUCGUGAAGGUCGGCUCGGCCGACAGCGACCUGGUCACGCUGGCCAUGACCAGCGGGAGGAAGGUCCUGGACAGCGGCAUCAACGUCACCGUGUCCCAGCCCACGCUCCUCGUCAGCGGCAGGACUCGAAGGUUUACGAACGUGGAGUUUCAGUAUUCCACCCUGCUGAUCAACAUCCGCUACGGGCUGAGCGCCGACACGCUGGACGAGGAGAAGGCCAGAGUGUUAGAGCAGGCCAGGCAGCGAGCCCUGGCCGCAGCCUGGGCCAAGGAGCAGCAGAAGGUGCGGGACGGACGCGAGGGCAGCCGCGUAUGGACAGACGGAGAGAGGCAGCAGCUCCUCAACACGGGAAGGGUUCAAGGUUACGAGGGAUAUUAUGUCCUGCCCGUGGAGCAGUACCCAGAGCUAGCAGACAGUAGCAGCAACAUCCAGUUUUUAAGACAGAAUGAAAUGGGAAAGAGGUAACAAAUUAACCUGCUGUCAUCCUUUGCUGGAUGAAUCAGUAGUCGUAACUGUUAUCUCCUCUCCUAAGGAGAUGAAGACCUAAAUGGGGGCACUAGGCUGAGCUACUCUGGGAUAGUAAGUGGCAAAAAAGCUCAUAUUUUUUGAGUUAAAUGCUACUGUUCAAGAGAUUAAAAACCACAUCCUGAAGUGGACUAAAGCCAGACUGAAAACUCUUAACCGUACAAAUUUAAAAGUACCCCUGAAAUAUUACCCACUUGUUCUGGGUCUAAAGAGAAACAAAAAGAAGGCCUCGUAUUGUAUUACCUCACUCCAUUCACACGUGAGCAAACUAAGAAAUCCAAGUGGGCCACUUUCACUAACCAGCUGAUGAAACACAGAUGAUUCAGACUGCUUGUUUGAUAAAUAUCAAAGAGGUUUUCAUUUAAAGCAAAAUACAGAUGCAUUUAAAACAUGACUUUGGGGUGAUUUGUGUGUAGCAACUGGAGGACAAAUGAAACGCAAGUGAGAGCGCACUGGAAAUAGGAAAGGAAAAUAUAUUUAAAAGUAACAAAACCACACUUGCACUCUGACCCUCCACUUGUCUAGCCUGAAGCUUAACUUAUUCAAAGAGGGCAGAGUGUAAAGUUACAUUCAAAAUGGUGGCUAUAAAUCACUACAGAUAAAUUUCAUACUCUGUUUGUCUUUGAAGAUUUCCAUUGUGGACAGUAUAACACAGUUACAGGGUGUAGUCUGUUUAGAUUCAGUAGUUUGUUGGUAUCAGUUCCAGUAGAGCUGUGGGCAUUGUGUUACACUAUUGCAAAUGGGCACCACGUCAGAUCACCCUGUACAUACAUCAGCCAGAAGGCACAAUCACUGUUUCAGAUUUAAAAAUUAUUAGUGUGUUUGUUUGGUCGAGAAACUGAGACAAUCACAUUACGGUCACCACAAAAAAAAAAA